UCCCAUUUCCUAACUCCAUUUACAGAGGCCUCACACCACUUCUAGGAUGCCUCAAACCUAGGAAACUCUUAUAGCACCCUGAAAGAGAAGCAGCAGUUGGGUACAGGCCUUUCCAAGUCGCAUGCCCUUCUGCCAGCCUUGAUGGACUCUGCCCUGCUGUAAGGUUGCAUCACUACCACCCCCACCUCUCUGGGUUUCCCCAGACAUCACAGUAGCACGUCCCCCACACCUUGUUCUGGCCCUCCUCCACAUUGUACACCAGUCCAAUUGGACUCUGGGCGGACAGCACAGGCAGGGUCAGGGGGUGAUUUCUAUGUCCCGUGGCUCUGCCACCUUAGCUUGAACAGAAGGACUCUGUUCUCCUACUAUCCCCUAACCCCUCACCCCUGUCCCAGUCCCAAGUUCUAGAAAUAGACCGUAAUCCUUCUGUCCAGAGACCCCAGAGAAAUAAACAAUGGAACUAACAGCUGUCUCACAGAAAUUGCUGCAGGAGUGGUGACUGGGAAAAGUAAAGACUGAACUGGGGGAAAAUUGCCCUUCCCCACCUGGCCACCUGGCUUAUAUGGAGUCCCUCCUCUGAGUCCCAGACCUUGGGAACUGAGUGUGUGAAAUCAUCCUCUUUCUUGCAUCAUGUGUGUCCACGUUGUCCCCCCGCCCUACCAUGCCCCUGCCUCAAGCCACCACAGCCAGAUGGUGAAACCCGAGCCCCAGGGGGGGACCUUCACCCCUUGCAGGAACCUGAUGGGCAGCACAGCUGGCCAAUCCUAAGGUUCAGAGGGUAGGUCUGCUGGCUGACCACUAAGCGAGGAAGCCCCAGGCAGCUGGCUCUAAAGAGGCCCCAGGUCAGUAGCCAGACCAUGAACUGUUUGGGUCAAACAGCUACCCAUCGGACGAUCCAUUUACAGCCUUCCUGAGUCCCAGGCCACAGAAGACAAGUAGCCCUACCUUUGGUCAAGAGUAGCUGCUGAGCCCUUACUGGCCUCCAUGCAAUCAGACUCAAUAGACGAGCAACUGCCAUCCAAGGCUCCCGACCCAGGGUCAUCCACCAGGAGCGUGGGGCUCCCAGAUGUCCAGCUCUGGCUGGUGCUGCUGUGGGUACUAAUAUGGGCACAGGGCACAAGAUCUGCAUGCACCUCCUGUGAGAGCCCAACAUUGGCACCCCAAGCAGAACGAGCUCUGGUCCUGGAGCUAGCCAAGCAACAAAUCCUGGAGGGGCUGCACCUGACCAGUCGUCCUAGAAUAAUUCAUCCUCCACCCCAGGCAGCGCUGACCAGAGCCCUUCGGAGACUACAGCCUGGGAUUGUGGCUCCAGGGAAUGGGGAGGAGGUCAUCAGCUUUGCUACCAUCACAGACUCCUCCACUUCAAUCUGCAGCUCCAUGCUCACCUUCCACCUGUCCACUGUUCAGUCCCACCACCUAUACCAUGCCCGUCUCUGGCUGCAUGUGCUCCGAACCUUUCCUGGCACUCUUCACCUGAGGAUCUUCCGAUGGGGCCCAAGGAGGAAGCACAGAGGAUCCCGGACCCUCCUGGCAGAGCGCCAAAUCACUACCCCAGGCUGGCAUGCCCUUACUCUGCCCUCUAGUGGCUUGAGAGGUGAGGAAUCUGCUGUCUUGAAACUCCAAGUGAACUGCAGAUCCCUGGAAGGCAACAAGACAAUUACUGGACCACUGAGGUGGCUACUGGACACUACAGGACACCAGCAGCCCUUCCUGGAGCUUAAGAUUCGUGUCAACGAGCCUGAAGCAGGCCGGGCCAAGAGGAGGACUCCCACCUGUGAGCCUGAGACCCCCUUAUGUUGUAGGCGAGAUCAUUAUGUAGACUUUCAGGAACUGGGAUGGCGAGACUGGAUCCUGCAGCCUGAAGGUUACCAGCUGAAUUACUGCAGUGGGCAGUGCCCACCCCACCUGGCUGGCAGCCCUGGCAUUGCUGCUUCCUUCCAUUCUGCUGUCUUCAGCCUCCUUAAAGCCAACAAUCCUUGGCCUGAGGGUACUUCCUGUUGUGUCCCUACUGCCCGAAGGCCUCUCUCUCUCCUCUACCUUGACCAUAAUGGCAAUGUGGUCAAGACAGAUGUGCCAGAUAUGGUGGUGGAGGCUUGUGGUUGUAGCUAGCAAGAGGACCUGGGGGUUCAGAUAGAAGAUAUCAAGUUGGGGGUUCCCAGGUAAAGGGCAUCUGUGUCUGGAGGCAUCAGAUUUCCUGAUCCGCACCUCCACCCAACAAGACUACCUGGCACUAUGUCAGGGUUGACCCCUAUGUGACCCAAAUGCACACUUUCUUGUCCCAGACUUUUGGCCUUUUUCAGGCUGGUUGAUAUGUGGGCAAAUGGGUAAAGUAUUUCCUCUAAGGGGACUACCCAGGCAGUAUGAUUUUCUACCCCAAGUGAGAAGAUGGCAGGGGCUAGCAGGGAAGAGAGGGAAGGAGAAGGCGGAGAAAAUUACUUAGUCUCUCCCAAGAAGAGUAAGUCCUCAAGAAAGGGAGGAAGCAGAAGUUUCAGCAAGCUUGGGACAGGGAAAAUGGGCUGGCCAAGGGUAGGGAUUGUUGAGUGCUUUAAGGGAGGGUCAAGAGGGAGAUGAACAAGGUGCCAAGGGAAGGUGUUUAGGAAAACUCCAGAAGCAGGAAUCAGGAAAAAAGGGUGCUAAGCCUAAGAAAUUCUCUGAUUUUCCCUGGGGAAACACAAACAUUUAUUCUUUUUUUUUUUUUUUUUUCGUUACCAGGGAUUAAA